AUGGCAAGCUCGCCAGCGGGCAGCGCGAGCGGGCGCGACACGAGAACACAGUUGUUCGUAGGCAACCUCCCUUACCGCGUCCGUUGGCAAGAUCUCAAGGACCUCUUCCGCCGUGCCGGUACGGUCCUCCGCGCGGACGUCGCUCUCGGACCCGACAACCGCUCGCGCGGGCACGGCACGGUGCUGCUCGCGUCGCAGGAGGAUGCAGAACGCGCGAUCGGGAUGUUCCAGGGAUGGUGCUGGCAGGGGCGCGUGCUGGAGGUGAGGAAGGACAGGGUUAUCACUGGGGAGGAGGGACUGCGCUUGGAGUUCAACUCGGGAUCGGGGUUGGGUGAGUGGCCAUGUUCUACUCGAGGGAGAUCGGUGCUCAAUUUCGUCAUGCCCGCCUCUACUUCACUUCCGUAUAAUCGUGACUGUAUCGACUGCAGAGGUCGACGAUCCGCUAGCGCCGCCGCUGAGUGCGGGAGCCUGCCAUUCCAUAUACAGUGGCAAGAUCUGAAAGACCUCUUCCGUCAAGCUGGCGGGGUCACACGCGCAGACGUUGCACUUGGAGCCGACGGCCGGUCAAGAGGGUUUGGCACGGUCAGCUUCUCGAACGAGCAGGAUGCGGAGAGGGCGGUGCGGAUGUUCAACGGGUACGUGGCUUGUAUCUGUCUUCGCGCUUCGUGCGGACACUCAGUCGCAAGCGUCCUGAUGUUUCGCGGUGAAGGUACGAGUACAACGGGCGUGCGUGAAAGUGCACUUUGA